AUGCGAGCCCGGACUGACGGCGCGGCUGGGCGAGUCAGGGAGAGCUUUGCAAAUAAAAGCAGAGGGGGAGGGGAAAGGGAAGGAAGGCAGGCGAGGCUUCGCUUCGCUUCGCAUGCAAAGCUCCACCCCCCGAUGGUGCAGCUGCCCGGGCCGAGGGCUUUUCAGGAAGCGGUACUUAAAACGGCUCCAGAGGAACAUGUGAGAAGCAGUCGCCGCUGGAAUCCGAAGGGCGAGGAGGAGGAGGAGGAGAGGAGCUGCAAGGGGAAUGGGCGCCGCUGGGUCACAUGCGGGAAGGGGCCGAGCGAGCGCCGCUGCCCGAGCCUGAGGUGCGCCGCCGUCGGGGGCAGAGCGGGCUGAACGCGGGGAAGGAGAGACGCCGGGGCUCCUGCUCCUGCCGCCGCCUCCGUCUCCUCUUCUGCCGGCUUUCCCUUGCUCCGUCGACGCUGGACCAGCAGCAGCCCUUUGGCUCGGGCUGGGCUGCUUCGCCUUGGGGUCGGUCGCCUUUGCUGCAGUCGGCCAGCGGAGAGGCGAAGCGAAGAACAGACUCCGGUAACUUCCUUCGAGGCUUUUGCUUCCUUGCUUAAAAAAUGAAAGAAGCUACUUGUCGAGGGGCGCUGAAUUAAAGAGAGGAUUUGGUGCUCCUUCGCGUGUUAAUUUUUUUUUUUAAAGGGGAAAAGUCCUUUCUUGCUGAGAUGAUUAUUUUUUGUUUAGGCGCAUUUAACUUGGAAGCGAGCGCUCUUGUAUGCAAGUGCGGCUGGGCUUCUGAACAAGGACCGGGUUGCAGAGCAAACGGGCGAGCAAGGUGAAAAGUGCUUUCCCCCCCCCUCAAAAAGAAAAAAAAAACCCUCGCAAAUUCCAAAAUUAAGGACUGGGUUGCGAUUGCUCGGCGCACCCACCCACCCCUUAAAAAAAUAAAUCGCAUACUGCGGGUCCUACUUCCAAGGAAAGAGUGGCUUUUGGAUUGCAGCCUUGAAGGGCGAUCCUAGACGUGUUUCCCCCCCCGAAGUGGGAGUCCCGCGGACUUCCACGGGACGUGCUUCGGAGUUGGUGUGCAUUGCAGUCCCCUGGGGGCUUCUCUGUCCGGGGAGGUGGGGUGAGUACAUCGGGCUGGGGGGGAGGGGAGGACUUAAAGGGCCGUGCCGAAGCAGACGGAGGGGAGCGGGUGUCGAUCCCAGCCGUAGAGUCAACUCUUUAAAAAACGGAAGAGCUGUCGACUCCCCCUCCGGGCUUCCUGGCCAGUGAAUGAAACCAAAGCGCCUUGCGCAGGAAUUGGAGCGGAGCCUUCGGCUCAUUGCAGGCUUGCCAAGAGUUUUUUCCACGCUUUCAGUAUUGUGCAUUCAUUAAUCUGGAAGGGUCGCCCACUGCUCUGCUGCCAGGAUUAGGCCCUCUACCACUGCCACAUCGCAGUAUCCAGAUCGCCACUGUUGCACCAUUCGGGGCAAUUGUGUGCGAGGGUGACUAAUCCGCGUUGAGUUUCUGUCCUCUGCAAACAAUAGAGCUUCUCGGAAGGUGGUGCCCCUCCUAUCGCUUGGGCAAAAACCUCUCAAUGACCUUCCUCGAUCCUGGUGUUGCAAAGCAGCGAAGGGAAGGGAAGGGAAGUGAGUGACCGUUGAGCUCAAGGAACUGGUGACAGUGUCUUUUCUGCACUUCCUUUUUUGCUGGAGUCAUCCUUGGCUUUAAGCGCCACACGGACUGCCAGGCUGUGGGAUUUGCACUGAAGGGGGAUGGGGAGGCAGGCUAAACUGCAGUCCUAAUCCGAAUUCAAUAGGACCUACUUCUGAGUAGACAAAUGGAGAAAGAUUUGACUUGGCCGUAACUGGCUUGAGAACAUUCUUGUAUGUCAGGACACAUUUACCUAGGGCAGAGUAAGCUUCUCAUGAAAAAAAUGCUGUUCAUCUGGGCAGAAUUUCAAGUAAAUAAAGGCUGGCUUGUUCCACGAUGAAAACGGAAGAAUAGGUAGACCUUCACCCAGAUGCUUAGGGAAGUUUUUAAUGUUUGAUAUAUUGUUGUGCUUUUAAUAUUUUGUUGGGGGCUGCUCAGAGUGGCUUGGGCAACCCAGUCAGUCAGAAGGGCGGCAUAUGCCUAAUAAAAUCAUUAUUAGUUUUAUUAGAUGUGUAUAAAGCAAACCUUGGCUUCACGAGCAGUAAGAAGUCCCGAUUCUGAAUAUUGCACCAGUUUAAUAGAUGUUCCUUUGUAGAAGCCAGUCUAAAUCUGUUUCAAAUAUAUAUUCAUACUUUUCUGUAUCCCCCAACCCUCUGUGCACACAUUAUAUAACUUGUAAGGGUCCUUUCUAGCAAUGUAGAUACCCCAAACCGAGAGUUGUCUUAACCACCUGGAAAUGCGGCUCUUGAUCUUCCAAUUAAAAUAUUCCCAGGCGCUGGAGCAUCGUGGCUUCUGUGUAUGUGUGCCCAACCCCAUACAAAAAAACUUUUCCCCCCCCUUUUGGAAGCUGCAGUGCCGGAGAAAGUCCUGCAGGUGGCAGGGCAGCUUGUCGGCUCCUUCGCUGCUUAGUCAGAAGCGGCUGGUGCGUGUGAUUCAGGCGGGAUGACUGGCUGUUUGUGGGAAUGCGAAACUACCUCAGAGGCUCGGGAGAGGGAAUGACGAGGCAGUUCCCAGCCCGCAAGUGGGGCGGCGGCGGCGCGCAGGGCGACCCGAGGGAUGUGCGUUUCUCCUAAGGUCUCUCUUGAGGAAUCCGCCCUUCUGGGGAGGAGCCGCUGCAAGGACAGUUUCGCAUUCUCACAUGCUCUUCUUACUCAUUCGGUUCCGAGCUGCACACGGAAUCUGGUCAACUUCCAGUGACUUGGGUUCCGGGAGGGGGAGAGAUCACCCUGCGUUUCCCUGAGGGAGAGACUUUGUGUAUGUAUCUGUGGGCACGGGUUUGGGAAGUCAGUUGGCAUAGGUGUGGGGUGUGUGUGUGUCAUAGGAACCAACUCCUGGGGCAGAGGCCCCUUUGCCCCUGCCCCAAUAAAAUAUUGGAGGCGGCCAGCCCCGAAAGUUGAUGGGCAUUGCCAAUCAAAUGGUGUUCUUGUGAUCAAUUAUGCGGGGCAGAGCUUACCUGGGGACACCUCCCACCCAAUAUUUUAUUCCCAGUUGGCACUCCUGGUGUGUGUGUGUGUGUGUGUGUGUGUGUGAAUAGCUAGCUAGCUAGCUAGACAGAGAUAAGUCUGUCUGCAUGGGUCUUUGGGAGACAGAAAGGAGCAGCCAGACUUGCAUUUGUAUGAAUAGGAAGGAGCCACAGUCUUGUGCCAGUAAAGGAGAAAAGGUAGAUCCCACCCUGUUCCAAGGAUGUAUGUGAGGGAGGGCGAAACAAAUGUUGGUGUUUUUAGAUAAUGGUGUUUACUUGGUUUCAGUCUUUGUAUUUGCUAAGGACUGCUCACAUGCUGUAAACAGGUGUGUUGUGGUUUUUGUGUCAACCCUGAGCCCCGCUAGAAGGGAGAGGCUAACCUCUUUCUUUCUUUCUUUCUUUCUUUCUUUCCCACCCUUCCUUCUUCUGCCCUAGGUGCCUGUGUGACUUGGAAGGAGACCCUCAAAGCGAUGGAAACCGAGCUGGGACUUCCCUGCGCAGUUCAGCCGGCCUGCUGCCAGGAGGUGCCAGGCUCUGCUCCUUCAGAGGCCUUUGCUAUGCCGGCAAGGAUCUCCGGAAAGAUCCCGCCGGUCAGGCCUUGCUUCAAAAAGAAGGACGUGCAGAAGCUGCUGGACACAGGGGCACUGAGGGCUCUGCGGCCCAUCAUCACCACCUUGCUGGGGUCUGGCGCCCUGGAUGCGUUCCUCCGGCGCAGAGGACAGAAGAGCAACCGUAGCAACUUGCAUGAACCUGUCGCGAAGAAGGUCUUGGGGAUCGCGGCUCCCUGCGCUCAGCCGGACAGCAACAUGGCAGUGCUGGUGGCAGGGACUUCGGACGUUCAAGGACAAAUAUCAGACGGGUCUCCUGACCAGGAGGCCCAGCCUGGGGAGCAGAGUUUCUCCUCCGUUACCUCUUCUGCAAGCGAGCCAUUCCAGGACCACUCCUUGCAUGCUGCCUCCAGCGAUGCUGCUGCCUUUCUUUCCUGCCCUGACAAGAUACUUGAAGGUUAUCCUGUGGUGCUCCAGGACAACAACAACAGCUUCAUGGGUCAAUGCCACUUGAAUCCGGCGGACAAGUUUGGAGAUGGGCUUUUCCAGGACAAAAGCGAGGAGGCGUCCCUCGACCUUGUGUUUGAACUCUUGAACCAGCUGCAAUAUCACACCCACCAGAAGGAUGGGGUGGACAUCUGCGUGGAUUUUCUGCAGGGGGUCUGCCUCCUCGGCAGCGAUUGCCCCAGGCACCACACGGUCUUGCCCUACCACUGGCAAGUCAGGAGGACAGCCACACAAGUGUGGCAGAGUGUGACCACUGACUCCCAGGAGCAAAUGGAAAGGCUCUACUGCAACCCGGACAACGACAAAGUCAAAAUGAGAUACCGGUGAGUGAUAAGAUGCCCUUCUUGCCUUAACUGUCAUUGUGUUAAACGUAAAGGAAUCUUAGCCAAGUCUGGGGAACCCUUUUCUCAAAAGUGCAUUCUUGCAUAUAGCCUCUAUUACCUUGAAUUAUUGACCUACUAAAAUUCCUUUGACUUUUAAUUAGUAGCUUUUUAGGUGGCACGCCCUUAAUCUCUUCAAAAGUAUCCAUGUAAUCUCAGGUGAGCUGAUAACUGAACAGCCCAAUUUAAACAGGCUUUCAUUUAAAACAGGGCUGGGGGGCAUCUAUGUUUUGGGAUCUCCAACACUCAGCAGCCCCUACCUAGCAUGACCAACGUUCAAGAAUGCUUGGAGUUGUAGGUCAAACAGCAUAGUUGGGUUUUUUUUCAUUGUGUCCAGCACCCAGCAUUCAUGGACCUCAAUGGAAACUGCCCAGCUAGAUUUGAGAGGGUGCUUCUAAACCACAGCAUGUUGAUGCACAUCUGAUGAAGGGUUAUUGGCCUAUGCGCUUGAACUGUAAGAAGGCUGAGUAGACAGUAGGAAAUAGUAGAACCAGUAAGUGGUGUGUUUUUUCUGUGUUAUGAUCUUGCUAAAACUUUGGGGCAGUAGAAGUGUGCUUUUGAUGCAUGUAAACAGCCAUGGCGUUUGGACUUUAAUCUUGCGCAUUAACUAAUCCAGAGUAACUACAGACCCUUGGUAUCCACACUUGCCACAAGAGAAGUGGACUAAACUUAAGGCACUGGAAGAGUAGUCUACAGGAAAAGGGGAGAAUCCACACAUUGCUCUUGAGUGAAUCCUGUCCCAUAUGAAGAAAAGGAGAGCCCGCUGGAUCGGUCCAGUGGCCCAUCCCAAUUCCAGUAUCCCGCUUUCACAAUGGCCAAACAGAUGUCUAUGAGAAGCCCCAAAGCAGAAGCUGAACCCAACAGCACUCUCUUUGACUUUGAUACCUGGAAACUUGGUGGAGAUAGAACCUAGUCACCGUCACUAGUAACCACUGAGAGUGUUAUUCUUGAUGAAUUUCUUUAAUCCUAAUUCAAAAUUUGCUUUUAAGACAGUCGGUGGCUCUUGUUGGGAGCAAAUUCCAUAGUUCAUAUGCCGUGUAAAAAGAAAAAAAGUAUUUUGUCAGCUGUGCAUCUUCCAACAUUCAUCUUCAUUGGGUUUUCCUGACUUCUAGUGUUAGGAGAAAAACUCAACCAGGCUGAUUAAAGAGAGCUGGCCCAUGUACAUGUUUUUAAAGGAGUAGUGAAUCUGUUCCCUUGAUUCCAAAGGAUAUAUGGCUAUUUUCAGACCCAGCCAAGUUGGUGAUUGACACAUACAGCUCCAUGUAAAUGGAGUACAAGCUUUAGGAGAGCCAAGCAGGAGGAGGUCGCACCAUAUUUUCAAGGUGGUCCCAUAACAUCUGUAAAGCGAGCUCAACCACCUUGAUCCACAGCCAAUCCACCAACCCAAAAGAUGUGUGUUUGGAAAACACCGCCACCCCUAGGAGCACUCACUCCACCAUUUGGGGUCUGGCUGGCACGGUUGUGUUUUGGAAACAGAAUAAUAAACAUUGCUUGGAUUUCUUCCCUUUUUUUGUGCCACUUGCUGCUGCAUACAGGGGGUGGAAGAAAAUGUCAACAGAGCAGUUGUUCCUUUUAUCUUGCACAGCUAAAGGAAUUGUGGAAUGUCCUCUUUUUAGCCAGCCUGCAAAGGCUGCCAGUGGAAGCCCUUGGAAGCUGAACUUUUGGUUAUGCCUUCUCUUUCUCCCUCUCUCCCUCCCCUUCUGCCUUUCUGUCAAGGUGGCAUUGCUGCAUCUCUUUGAUUACUGCACAUGUCUGGGCUCUUGCGAAGGAACACAGAGUGUUCCGGAUUCAGUCUGUGUACCUGCAUCAUUCCAAAGGAACUGUGCCAAUUAGGGUGUUCUGGCACUUUUGAAAUAUGAACCAAUUCCUUGUCACGCAAAGUAGUUGCAACUAGAGCAAAUGGGUGGGGGUUGGGAGGCGUAAGGCAGGUUCUACAAGCAUUCAGCCCUAGCCCUGGGCUCCUUGCCAUUCAAAGUAGCUCCACUGCCGUGACUCGAGUGGACGCCCUGGUAUCCUUUGUGACAUCACAAGGGCUCCUGGGGCAUCCUGCUGGGAUUGCCUCAUUGGCAUCUGUAAAGAAACCACUGUUGCCCCAAGCAACUGGCUGAGUUGCUUGUGCUGUCAGGCUGGUCCUUCAGGCGCUGCCUGCAAAUUCCAGACUCUGGCAUGUGCUGCUGAACUGAGGCAGCAAGGGAACUCCUACAGGACUUGUGCUAACAAGGGAGGGAGGCAGCAGUGGGUUUUAAGUUGCAAGCAGUGCAGAGUUUAGAGUUGGGAGGUGAGGUGGGGGGGGAGGCCUGUCUAAUAGCAGGAACAGCUGGGUGGUUGAACAGUUGCCUGAGGAUGUUGUGGAAUUUCUCAAUCUGGCAUCAAGGAGAAGCUGGAUGAACUUCUGUUGGGGAUGGCUUGGGUCUGAGGAAUCCAUAAUGUACAUGUUGUAAAUAAUGAGCCUGAUAAUCUCUCCAUCUCCCUUCAGACUGUGCAGUACUAAACCUGAAUAAGUGGUUCAAGUAGCAUUUUUGUUUGUGUGCCAAAAGCAUUCUUCUUAAUGCUUCAGAGCUGUUUGUGUUUCAUUGUGGUUAUCCAGAGUUUGGAACUUUUGCUUUGAAAUCUGGGAGCAGGAGGAGUAGAUCUAAAAACCUUCAUUCUGUUUUGUCACAACCUAGAUAAAACACUGCUCUUUCUUGCAAGUCAGCACCUGGUGCUAAUCUUCCCUAGUCCCUUAUCUGAACACAAGGGCUCAUUCUGCAUCAAAGUGGAGUCACUUUGGAUUUAUUACUUUUCCAAGUUGUGUAAAUUAUUACUUUUGCUGUUGCUGAAAUUGUAGCCAGGACAUUGCUUCAACAGUUGCAGUUUCCCUGUGUGGAAAUACCUUCCAUGUAAAGAUCAUCAUGAAAGCUACAUGCAGUGCCCAACAUUAGUCAUAUUUGGAAUGGACUCAUUGAAAUCAGUGGACUGAAGUUCAUUGAUUGCGGCUUCCCACCCACCCAUCCAUUCAUUCAUUGAUUGACACUCACAGAGAUCUGCCUCCAAAGAAAACUUGUGCCUGUGAUGUUUUAUAUUCACAAGUUGCAAGUUAGCAUCAAGGCCAUGUGUGAGGUACUGUAGAAACACCCACAUGAUUUUACACUUAACUGUGGCAACAUCCUAAUUAGUUUCUUUCCAGCCCAACAUUUAUCAUCAUUUGCAGGGAAGACAAAAUGUCACAGAAGUUCCCUUGUAAGAAGAUUUCAUCAUACCAAUAAAUAUUGUAUUCUUCUCAAUUUCCUAUGUGUAAGAUGGCAAAGCUGCCAUCUUACACUAGGACUUUAGUGACUGUUUCUGCUGCUAUGCUUUCUUUCAAGAAAAAUCCCAUUUCCCACAUACUCCUUGCAUUUGUAGUAUUUGUUGUUGUAAGGGAAUUUUUUAAACAUAAUUCAGACUUGGUGUUCAAGACUGCCUUUAACAGGCAUAGGCAAACUCUGCCCUCAAGAUGUUUUGGGACUACAACUCCCAUCAUCCCUGAUCACUGGUCCUGUUAGCGAGGGAUGAUGGGAGUUGUAGUCCCAAAAUGUCUGGACGGCCAAGUUUGCCUAUGCCUGGCCUUUAACCUCUUUUACAGGGUUGUAUGGUUUCCUGAGGUGAGGCAAGAGAACUUCAGCUCCUGAGGUGAUUCUUUGGUAUCUAGAUCAAGGGUUGGAAACUUUUGUUUAUUUUUAUAUUAAAGUUGUAUACCCAAAUAUCCCAGGGCGGUUCACAACAUAAAACUACAAAACAAACAACUUUUGGCCUUUGGCUCCACCAGACUUUCCUGUUUGGAGCAAGUCAUAGUCACCCAUCCUACACCUGAUGACAUACAGGUAAUGUGUGAGGAGCAUGAUUGAAGGGAUGGGCAGCAAGAUUUGGCUUUAAAAGGAUGCUAGCUAAUGCAAGCCUGACCCAAGUGAGGCCCGUUAUGCACGAUGGCUCACUAGUCAUUAAAGCAAAACCUGAAAGGAGAGAACUAUCAGCACUUAGGGGGGGAAACAAAAUACUGUAAUAAAAAACCACACCCUGGGCGAUGAAUCAGAAUGGUUUUCUGUUUCUCCAGAGGGUAGUAGGAUGUGAACCAGUCAGUUCAAAUGAAAAAAGGAUGUAGGCUAAACAUUAGGAGGAACAGUAGAGUAGACAGCUCUUUGGUUUGAGGUUGUUUAAGCAAAGCCUGGAUGGGCCACCUGUUGCAGAUGUUUCAGAAUGUCCUUAUUAGCAGAGGCUUAGGCUGGGCUACUUCCGAGAUCCUUUGUGAACUCUGGAUGUUUGAUCAGUCCAGGCAGCCCGGCUACUUCUGACUUAAAAUGACUUGGGAAUCUUGUAACUUUCAGAGGCUCCUGCAAGUCUUUGCCCUGUGGUCGAUGCAACUUGGCUUUCCCCUUUCCUCCUCAGAUGUUGUGUCUCCUGGCAACUGGGUGCAGAUAGUGGCCUGUUCCACCUGGCCACCUUGAGCGCCUGAGUUUGUUUUGCCAGAGCCUCAUGGUUCACAUGGUUACCACCUCUGUUGGGCUAAAGCUAUUAAUCUCUCUUGGUCAGCCUAGCUUUAGAAGCUGAGCGAUAAAGCUUGCAUGCAACAAGGAAAUGUCUGUUUCAGCAGUUCCAGGAGAGGACAAGCUGCAGCCAGUCUCGGAUAGUAACCAGCAGGGGGGUUCUUUUUUCUUUUUUUAUAUCCCUUCCUUUGUUUUGAAUACAGCUUACAUGGCACAGUGACCCAUCAUUAUGCUCUGUGUCCAUAAUAUUGUCAUUGUUUUGCGCUCCUAAGUAAGUUCGUAGGUCCUAAGCCAUUGGCUCCCCUGGGGACUAAAGUACUUCUCUGUGGCUCACAAAUGGCUUCUUUUUCAAUAAGUAUUGCCCCCUGCUUGUUCUAAAAUGCGCAUUUAUUUAUAGAGCGUUAGUGCCCUGCCCUUCAGCCAAAAAGGGCUCCCUUGAAUGGCUUGUGUACAGUCAGUUAAAAAACUGGAGAGUCCCUGCCUGCAGGUUUACACUCUGGAAAACACGACACACAAGGUAAAAGGGACAGGGAGGGAAGAGGGGGGAAAGCAAACCCAGGUACUAGUUCUUAAAUAGUAGUUUUUACAAUGACCAACUGGCAUAGAAACAGUUCAGGAUAGAUUGUGUGAUACCUGCUCCCUCUCCCCCUUAAUUUCAGGAUUCCAUCCAUUUAUUUUUUUUUGCUGUCUACCAUGUGGUAAAGAUGGAAUACUGCCAUAUAAGCUCGCUGUGAUGGAAUGCAGGCAUGUGUGCCCCUAUUGUUGCUUAACACCUCAUUCAUUUCCAUGGGGCCCUUACAAAAGAAGUUCCUGUUUUGAUAAAUAGGUAAGGGUAAGGGGACCCCUGACCAUUAGGUCCAGUUGUGGCUGACUCUGGGGUUGCGGCGCUCAUCUCGCUUUAUUGGCCGAGGGAGCCGGCGUACAGCUUCCGGGUCAUGUGGCCAGCAUGACUAAGCCGCUUCUGGCGAACCAGAUCAGCGCAUGGAAAUGCCAUUUACCUUCCCGCCGGAGUGGUACCUAUUUAUCUACUUGCACUUUGAGGUGCUUUUGAACUGCUAGGUUGGCAGGAGCUGGGACCGAGCAAGGGGAGCUCACCCCGUCGCGGGGAUUCGAACCGCUGACCUUGUGAUCGGGUAAAGAACCUUCGGGUUGUAGUCCACUUACCUGGAAGUAAGACCCUGCAAGCAAAGUGGGGCUUGCUUUUGUGUAAAACCCUUACAGUUUGCACUGUAAUGGGGUUCUAAAACACCUGCCAUAUUGAGGAAAAUACCUAGGGUAGAUACUGUUCUUCAAAUGCAGCGUGCCAUUGUUCUAUUUCUUCUUCCUUUCUUUUCUUAUAAAUUUAGUUUUUAGAAUUUCAGAGUUAAUUUGGGGGGGCCAGCACUUGGCUGUAGUGCCGUUUGGUCCCCAUGCUCAUCUCAAGACAGAUAACAAACAUGCAGCAGAAUUGAGAUUUCCUGAGUUGGUAGGACAGAAAGCACUCGCCUGCAGGUAGAAAGCUAGCACAUAGUGAACCACCCUUUCCUUGCUGCACUAAUUCUCUGCUUAGCGGGACUUCUCAUAUUCUUAUACAGAGGAACAUUUUUUAAAAAUGCACUUGGAGUGAUAAAGUCCAUUUUCUACAACCUUAAGAUUUUUUCACCUGUAGGUCCACUUCCCUGUGAAACACUUAUUGGUUUCGUUUUCCUGCAUUGGAAGGAGUUCAAACAGGUUUUGUUUUAUUCCACUCUGCCAAUCAGCUUUUCCAAACUAUUCAUUGCUGUUCUAGCAACAUAAGGUACAUAGAACUACUGUCGAGGUGAUGAGUUUGAGGCGUCCUCAAAACUUCCAUGAAAAGAAGUGGGUAAUAAUAUUGCCCAAUAUUAUCAAGUUCAUGCACUAUGAAUCUCUCCCCCGUCCCUUUCCAACACAGCUCACAUUCUAAGUGGGAGAAAGUGGUUCUUAAAUCUGUAGCAUCUUGUUUUAAGUCUGCAUGUUUUUCCGCUCCAAACACACUUCCUGGAGAUGGGAGUUUGGCUUUGCUUUUGAAAGUUACAACUGAGUGAUCUGCACAGCUGUUGAAAUGAAGGAAAAUAACCCCUUAUGAAUAAGAACAGAUGAAUUUUGUGAUGUUUUCUCUAUCCGCUCAGCUGUUUACUUUUGCUGGGUGCGUGUAUGGGGGGGGAGAAGCAAAAUAUCUAAACAAGAAAGAGGUGAAUGACUGCUGAUUUCUGGUGUGCUGAGUUCCAGAGAAUUCUUGGUAUCCUCCCCACCACCCCUUUCAAAGCCUGUAUUUACAUAUGAAGCAAGUCUAUUGGCUUUUUAUCUUGUGUGGAUCUGGGAAAGCUGUAGAAGAGGAGUUUGAGGGGAAUUGUCAGCAGACUCCUGUUUACUCCUGUUACUAUGCAGAUAAGAUUGAGGGGGGAAGCAGCUGUCACCUGGCUCCAGGUCUAGGUCAUCCUGUUCCUUCCGUGCCACUCUCACAGGAAAGGAAACUGCACAUAGGUAAACCUAAUAGCAGCAGCCAAUCAGGCUUAUUAACCCUUGAUUAAUAGUACUCCAAAGCAGUCUCUGCAGUUUAUGAUAAUUGCUUUCCCCCUCCAAAAAAAGCCCCGGUUGCUGCAGAACCAUCAUUGCCCCUUCCCACAAGCGCUUCUCAUCCAGGGCAGGUGUCUCCUUGCUGCUGCUGCUGCUGUUGAAGCUUAGAGAAAAUAAGUGAGAUGUAGGGAGGAACAUUUCUGUGCUCCUCAAUCUUUGGGGAGUAAAAUGGGAGUUUCUGCCCGCUCCCUUUCUAUGCAGUCGGGGUGGUUUUCCAUUGUGUUUGUUUAAAGCACCUAGAGACUGUCAUUGCAGCGAGUUCCGUGCAGAAGCAGGCAGUAGUUAUGUUCAGAUGCUUAAAAAAAACCCAUACUUUCCAUUAUUGCAAGACACUGUGCUUGUGGUAAAUGGUUUCCUAGUGUUGUUAUUUAUUAAAUUUGUAUACUGCCCUAUACCCGCAGGUCUCGGUACAGAUGGACUUUAAUUAAGGGUGAGAAAAAUCAGGCAAGUAUUUGCAAAGGUAUUUGUGCUAACUGAGUUCUCUUGAGCCUCUCUGCUACUUCUGUUCUGGCUCCAGUAGCCUUUGGGUGGAGAGGUCAAAGGCGUGGCACACGUGUGGACCAAGAAUAUACAGAUUCUGCGCCAGUUGCAUUGAGGUUUCUGGAACUUGAGAAGGUUAAGAGGGGUGACUGUGGAGAGCGGGCAACAGGAGGAGGAAACUGAAAGAGUGCUCUGUAAGGCAGAGGAGUGCAGCCUUUUGAUCCCCCAAAGAGCCAAGCCAGAGGCUUACACUGGCCAUGGGUGAAAAGGAAUGGCGCUUCUGCCUUUGCCAGAAUGGCCAGCUGUGCAAGUAGUCUGUCACCACUCCUCUUUCCCCAUAGGCUCUGGCUGGGAGGGAAAAACUAGGGCUAUGAGCCAAUUAUUUUGUAUGGGGCGAGGGAGCAUCCACAAACACUUCUUGUACCAUAAAGCAGAAAGGCCUAAGUGCAUGGAAGGAAUGCGGUCCCUUAGCCCUGUUGCAUAAUCCACACUCCAACCUCAAACGUGAACAUAGGAAAGAUUUUAUUGAGAAUAAGAAACCAAAGAGGAAAGAUGAAACUGUACUUUUAAGACAGGGAUGGCCCUCCAGAUGUUUUUAUGGGUCCAACCAACAACUCCCAUAAGCGCCAACCAGUGUUGGGGUUGCAGUUCAACCAUGUAUGGAGUGCAGCCCACUGGCUACCCCUGUUUUAGGAAGCUGAGUGAGUGUUGAAAGAUCUAGCUAACCUAUGGAAGAAUCAUUGUGAGAGUUCACUACCCACCCAGCCUAGGUAGGAUCAGCUUGCUCAGGUUGUAGACUCAGCACUUAGCAUUUGUCAACGGUCAAAGGUAAGGGACACAGCAAUAAAGGCAUGACUGUUCUGUAUUUAUGGUGUUUGCAGCCAGGUGGCUUUGACUGACAGGUUGGGUGCCUGGCACAGCUCAAGGGCUUGGCUGUGCAUAUGUGGGAAAGAUAGACUAAGACACGGUUUGAGAAGUUAAGAGAUAAGCGGCCAGCAUGUUUAUUAACACAGAAGUUUCCCAGCUUUGGCAAUAGACAUAAUCUUAAAGGAGGCCUUCGGACAGUUUGUGCGAAAGUAGUGGGAGGUUGUGGAAUGGGGAAAGGCUGGGUAAUUUGUAUGCCUUAAAUGCGAUCCCCAAGCAGGAUAAAUCCAUGUCACCUGGGAGAGUUGGGAGCCUAGGGAAGGCUUCUCUUGCCUUCUGUAUGAGGUUCUAUAGUAGAUCCUGCAUCACACAAAAAGUGCAUCCUUACUGAUAUGGUGAUGUCUGUGAAGCUCAGCCUAAAUCUGGGCAUGAGCUGGUAAUGUGAGGAACCAGCUCCAUCUUUAUUCUGAUACAAGUGUGUUCCUGCCAUUAUGAAUUCCUUGGGCAGAUAAAUAGUUUGUAUAUUUCUUUCAGCUUGACUAACCAGCCUGUUGGAUAAUCAUUAGAAUAAAACAUUUUAUUAUUGGAUUGGAGACUACUUGAAAAGUGACUUUAAAUUAUAGAGAGGCUAUAAAACCAAAGUUGUCAGUGUUUUCCAGAUUUGGAUUUGAACGAAUGAAAUGUAUUAACACCUUCCUGUUCCUUUUGUGUUUCUGAUUUUGGGAAUCCUUGAUUUCUUUUUUUAAAAAGAUACUCACUUUUUAGGCACUCUUUUCAUUUUGAAGAACACAAGUUAGGUUUGGGAAGCCAGAAACUUUGGGAAACUGCCUUUUCAGUACCCUGUGAUCAGGACUGUGCACUGUGGCUUAAAUAAAAUCUUAUGCCAAGAAAAGAUGGAUUUUGCGUCCUAUAUAAAUAAUGUACAUUUCCACAAAUGGAAGGCCUUCUGCUUUUUCAAAGGCAGCAAGCAAUUCUGUGAUCUUUGAGUAGAAACAAGGUCUUGGCCAUUUGAAAUCUUCCUGAGCUCUCCCCUGGCUAUGAAGCCAUUGUCAGGUACUGGCCAGUCUCUCAGGUUUACCUGUGAAAAUGCAUACACCAUGAAGACUAAAAAUGUGCAUUUAAAAAAAUAUAAAAUUAGAGUUCUGUGCCCAGUAUCAUAUUCUGCUUUUCUGUGGCUUUGUGUAAACUAUCAGAAAACAUGCUACUCUGCCCAAUGAAGCAUUCUUUUCUGAAAAUCGCUGCAUAGCCAUGAAAAACCAACUUCCUUUCAGUUAGGCCCAACUCUCUUGCUUUUUGGAAUGAUGAAUAUCGACAACAACCUAUUAUAGCAAAGAAGAGUUUUGACUUUGCUGUUAUGCAAGGAGCUCCGUUUUGUGCACUCUGGUUGCAAAACCUAGUUUUCCACUGGCCCGCUCCUGCUGGAGCGGGAACUUUUAUAGAAAUUUCCUUUGCUAGCGCAUUAUUUUGACAGAUAACAUUGGCAACAAAGCAUGCAUGUCACUUCACGCAGAGAGGUGCUAGUGCCCUGCCUAGUGUUUGCCAGUGCCCUGGAAGCUAAAACUGACUCUAGCCCGUUCUUCCUCCUCUCCUGAUCCCGUGUUGCGCGAGAUGCUCACAGCCAGGAGUUGCACUGGCGGUGGGGACUUCUUUGGCUUGUAUUUUUGCCGCAUAUAAAUAGUUACUGUUGCUAGGAGAAAAGGGGAACAAAGGGCUUUGUGAACCAGUGUCCAAGAGUGAUUAAGCAAAACUUCACACUGUGUGUUGUGCAUGGGGUGUUUUUCCUCCCUUCCCUCAGAACUGCGGUCUGUUUACUCCAGGCACACACCGCUUGACCAAUGCUGAUGAAUCAAUGCAGAGUCACCAGAGUAAGGGAACAGUUGUUGGACUGUAGCUGAUGAGGCAUGAUGCCCUUUUCGUCCCACGUCAGGAGCAUUCUGACCGGGAGACUGCAGCUAAACAUUCUGUGCGCCCAAGAGAUCCAUGUGACGGUGGCCUGACUUUGACUUCACUGACUUGGCAAGGCCUUUAAUGAGUUCAAACUUUAAUGAAAGUUCAAACACGUUUUCUCCUUGUCUGUCUCUGCCGCCGCCCAGAAUUUGCAGAUUAGGAGUCAUCUUGGUCACAUUCAUGCCACGUAUUUUAAGCACUGUGAUGCCACUUCAAGCAGCCAUGACUUCCCCCCCCAAAGAAUUCUGGGAGCUGUAGGGACUCCCUGUUCACCUCACAGUGAUACAGUUCUUCUUUCCCAGGAAACUCUGGGAAAGAUAGCUCUGCUAAGCGGAAUAGGAGUCUCCGAACAACUCUGAGCACCCAUUGCAAGCUGCAGCUCCCAGAAUCCUUUGGGGAGAAGCCAUUGCUGUUUAAAGUGGAACCAUAGUGCUUUAAAAGUAUGGCGUGAACAUGGCCCUUCAAUGCACCUUGCUUAAUGGGAGGUUCUGUAUAUGGAAGGUCAGAUAGAUCCAGUCUUGUUGCAGUCGGUGUGUGGUGGUCAGAGCCCAGGUCACAAAAUGCGGUUGAAUAAAUGAAUGGCACAAGCAGACAUACAUGGCUAAAAGAACUUGGAUGCCCCUCCAUAAAUCGGUUUAUAUUUUUAUGACUCCUAUGGCAUUGAGCUCUUACAAUGCUGCCCCAAAAAAAUUCCUUUUCUCCCUCCUUUCUGAAAUCAUUCUUCCCUCUCAGAAGCUGCUGAUUGUUUCUCCAUUAAUUUUGAUGUUGGCUGGCAAGCAUUUUUCAUUUUAAACUGUAUAAUAAAUGGCGAUGAGUGCAAACUCUACGUGCCAUAAUUCCCUGAGGAAAAAGGGAUUGGUUGUUAGGGCACUCUAGGAAUUGUAGCUCUGUGAGGCGAGGAGGUGGUCUCCCUAACAACUACCAGCACCAUUAACAAACUCCAGCUCCCAGGAUUCUUUGGGGAGAAGCCAUGACCGUUCAAAGUGGUAUCGCAGUGCUUUGAAUGUAUAAUGCAGAUGGGGCCUUUGUUGACUAUAGCCCCUUGAGUUUGGGCUACUUGCUAGCAGAAGGGAAUUCCCUACCUGCUGGAGGAGUCACAGUGAAGGAAUCUCUCACCUGCCAACUUCAUUUGACAGCCUAGGUGAAACCAAGUGGGUGUUCUUGGUUGAUCUUUGAGAUCGUAGUGAGGCAUGAGGAAGGAAGUAGUUUCCUUAAGUAUGCUAGGUAGAGCUUCAGAAGCCAAAGCCACUUAUUUCAAAUGUGGCUACUCCCGGAUGAGUUGUUUCUUGCUUCCCAGAACUUGCAGCCAUAUUGAAUAUUUUCUGCUACGACACACUGUGGCAGGGAGAACAUUUCCUUCCCCAGCCAACCUCGUUUCCAAGUGGGUUGAACCCCUCUUCUCUCCUGUUUUGCUUUUAAUUUCCAAUUGGGAAGAAACAGGCUCUCCUGAGCACUAGUGUGCCUGCUGACUAACACAACGCUUUUUCCUGACUUUAGUGUUUUUCGUUUUUCGCUUGUUCCUCAGCUUCUAUUUUCUUUCCCCCACCCCCUCUUUCCCCAUCCAAGCAAACAUCCAUAGUGUCAGCGGAAGCUCAUUCCAAAACAUUGGUGCAGCUUCGGCUAUUUUAAAACAGCAAACAUGCUGGUAAUAUUUGUACCACAAAUCUUGGUACCCCUUUGGUUCAAGUCAGGUACAGAUAUGUCAUGGGAUGGGGGCCAAGAGGAGUGUCUUCUUAGCGCUGUGCCAGAGUUACUUACAUGUGCCUGAAAUUAGAUGAGCAUAAAACAUGUGGCAACCUCUUGUGGAGGUUUUUUAAGUGAGUGGGUGAACUUCAGUACAAAAUACAAGUAAGCAAAAUUCUUUGCCUUUGCAUAGAGGCCAACAGCUAAUGUGAGAUUUUCUUGGAUGUCAUUUCCUUACCGCGGCUGCUCUGACAAACCCAUGGCUUUGUGACUCUUUCCAGACCCGAUAUUCAGUAGGGCACAGCAUUUUAACUUUUUCCGUCCCAUAGCCCACUGCAGACCUUUGCACUUGUGGUGUUCAAGAGUUCUGACUAAAGCUAUGCAAGCAAAUGUUUAAGAACUGCAGUAGGAAAUGCAAAGUUCAUCCUCAACUAGUCAAGUUCAUCCUGUCUGCUAAUCUCUUCUACUUAGAAAGGCGUAUGGAAACAGCCUUCCUUCAGAAGUGCUUGUGUGUCCCACGUAGCACCACUGACAAUUCCAUUUUGUUAGGACAGGCACUCCCAAACUCUGCCCUCUAGCUGUUUUGGGUCUACAAUUCCCAUCAUCCCUGACCCACUGGUCCUAUUAGCUAGGGAUGAUGGGAGUUGUAGUCCCAAAACAGCUGGAGGGCCGAGUUUAGGGGUGCCUGUGUUAGGACAUUUGAGGUGUAUUCAUGCAGCCCAUGCCCCCAACAUGCCUCUGUGCGCUUCCCUCUCCACCUUACGCCGAACUUGUCCAUGCUACAUAUACAUGAGUAGAACUCCCAUGACCAGGAACCUGGGCAAACCAAUCUCGGCUUGCUCAGGAUUCACACAAUGCACCUCUUUGAAAGGGCAUCACAUCAUUGCAGUACACUGAGGAUGGGGGGUGGGGAUCCUUGCAGUCACAAAAGGAACUUCCCAGGCAGAAUGGCCCACCCCCAUGGCAAGUCUUCUCCAGCUGAUCUCAAUUGUGCUGAAAGGUAAGCGCACAAUUUUAAAUAAAGCUGACAUCUACUCUUGUGCAGUUAGGCUUCCUUGUUCAUCCUCCUCUGUCUAAAACAAGUUCUUCCUGGCAAAAGGAAAAGUCUUAAUCUUACAUGUUUCUGCUCUCUUCUAAAAUCCCUUGACUAUCUAGAAAGUACUUAAUAAAUUUUGCUACGGGCACACAGACAAAACAACAGUCCAGGCUCCCAAAGGUUGGAAUUGUAGGUGAGGUUCCAAAGAGGCUGUUGCGUUGGCUGUAAUAUUAAGAGAUGAUAAACCUGGACUCAAACCCCCUGGGGAUCCGAAGCAUAAAUUGCAAGAGUACAAUAUAAACCACAGUUGUUCCCUUGGAAUGUGCAAGCAAAUCAAUAUUUAUCAAGUCUCACUAAUGCACUUGUCAGAUUAAAUUCUCAAAUAUCCCGUUGAACAUGCAGUGGGCUUAUAAAAUAUGUAGACUUGGGCUAUUUCUCCAUCUCAACCGGCUGCCAACAAAUGAGACAAUAACAUCCCAGUAUGCUUUCUGUUUUAAUAUUCCGAACAGCUUUAUUGAGGUUGCGAGCGCUUCAUAUCAAGGCAAGCAUAGGAAUAAUUUUAUUAAAUCAGAAAUAUAAUACUGUAAGAGAGGCCUGGUGGAAUAGGCUCCUCCUGGUGAUUUUCAAUAAUAAUACUAAAUCAUUUAUGAAUUGGGUGGCUUGGUAAUGUGGAGGUACCUCUGCAAAGUCACUAGGGGAUUUAUUAAUCUUUGGCCCCCACCUUUCUUUGAAGGAUCUUAUAUCACGACCCUUUUAUCCACCCAAUAACCCUGUAAGGUAGGUCAGCUUGCUGCCCUAUCUCUUCAGACUGUGUCUGGAACCUUUGGGGAAUAUUCAUCUCCAUACCUGUAUUUAUUGGAUGCAGGCUUGUAAAUUGCCACUCAUCCGGCUGCCUACGAUUAAGGGCAACCCUCAGGCAAAGAGGGUGGCAUUGCUAAUUGUUUUCAUUCUGACACUCAAAUGUUAGCCUUGUUCACUUUCAAACCUAAACUGCUGCUACUCAUUUUAGGAGCACUUGAGCUUGGCUCACACUCAGGACUAAAGGCAAUGUGUGUGCAAGAAAACUCCUGAGCAAUUUUGCAGCACAUUUGAUGGGCACAGGUGUGCAUGAUUUUUUUUGGGGGGGGGUGUCACAGGUGUGAGGUGGUGGGUUGGGGAGAAACUUGAUGCCAAUUAUACUUGGAUAAUUCAGUGUGGUGUGAUCCUUAAGACAUUGGUCUAGAUCCCCACUUAGCCAUGCAGGUUACUGGGUGACCUUUGGCCAAUUACAGCCUUCUAGCCUAGAGAGCCAGUGUGGUGUAGUGGUUAAGAGCGGUAGACUCGUAAUCUGGGGAACUGGGUUCGUGUCUCCGCUCCUCCACAUGCAGCUGCUGGGUGACCUUGGGCCAGUCACACUUCUUUGACGUCUCUCAGCCCCACUCACCUCAGAGUGUUUGUUGUGGGGGAGGAAGGGAAAGGAGACAGUUAGCCGCUUUGAGACUCCUUAAAGGGAGUGAAAGGCGGGAUAUCAAAUCCAAACUCUUCUUCUUCUUCUUCUUCGAACCUACAUUGCAGGGUGUUUUUUUAGGUGAGAUGGAAAGAUAAAAUGAACAAGAAAGAACCAUCUGUGCACUCUCUGGAGCAAGGAUAGGAUCAAAACAUAAUCAGAUGGCAGCAUGCAGGGCAAGCUGUCUGCAUAACACCAAUGUGCUUGUUGCUUUUUAAACUCUCGGUAACAUUGUGUAAAAAAAUCGGUUUGUUGAGUAGCUAGCAUGAACCCUGUACCUAUCUACAUUUUGUAGGUACAGAAUUAAUGAUACUUAAACCUCUUGCAUGGUGCUUUGUUUAUCAGAGCUGAGCAGAAAUGCCGUGUAGCUGAAAUAUGUAGGGGCUCCCAGAUCUGUCCAGUGUUGACUGCUUCUACCCACAAAGCUUUGCAACCGGUGCUUGUAAAAGAAGACAUGGCACUUUCAAUUCCCCUAGCGUGGGAACGGGAUGCUCCCAUAGGGCUAAUAUUCAGCAAGCCUAAACAGAGCAAAGGUUUUCUGCAAAGCUGAAAUAAGCCUUGGAAACAGCUUAAAAUAGCCUGAAAAUGGAUAGUGGGACCCUCGCUUCUUAAAGGCCUUGUUUGUUUGCAAAUUCCCAAAGGUGAUUCCAACAUGUUUUGUAUACUGGGGGGGGGGGGGGGCGUCUCUUUGAAACUGUAUCUGCAUCUGUGUAAACAGGCACAUGCAAAACUGUACUUGCUUACGUAUAUUUUUUGCCGAAAGCUUUUCUAUAACAUGGACCUGGGAGCAGAAUGUUAAAGGUGAAAGAGGUCCAUUGCUGUUGGUUCCCUGUUUGUAGCUUACUUCCCAUCGCCAGUGUUCUAUGUGCCUUGGAAAAUUUUUGCUUGACUUUCCAUAGUUCCAGCACAAAAAUCAGUGUGAAACUGUUUAUAACCAGUCAGAUGACAUUCGUUCCGCAACCUGAAUUUGGCCUCAUUUGGCUUGUGUUUCUCGACACUUGAGACUAAAUUAAAACUAUGUCGGGAAUGUUGUUUUCACCUAAGCUGUGCUGAACCGUGUUCCAAAACUUAACUACCAAGUAAGAACAUAAAAAGCACCUGUUGGGUCAGGCCCAGCAUCUUGUUUUUCUCACUGAGGAACCAGAUGCCCUGAAAAACCCACAAGCACAGGACCUGAGCAUCUUAGCACUCUUCCCCAUUUGCAUUUGCAGACAUCUGCAGCACCUUUCUGCUCACCUGGGAUUCUUAGCGACAGGUCUUCAGAGGCAUCCUGCCUUAGACAGUGGCGGGGGUAGAAGAAAGCAACUGUGGCUGAUAGCCAUUGAUUUUUAAUUUUUAUUAUUGGAAAGGAUUACCAAUUUUAAUUCUGUUUCAAAUUCCAAAAACACUUUGAAGGACUCACAUUCCUCCUCAACUCUCUUUGCAUAUACCAAACAAUUCAUUCAGUUUAAUAAACAGGCAGUCUUGAAUAAAUAGAUAAUGUUGAAUAAUAUGUUGCCCAGAGCCAGUCUGAAACAGUGACAAAGUUUAAUCAGUAUAACAAGUGGAGGUUGCAAAUCUACAACUAAGUCUACCAUGGUGGAAGAAACUGGGCAAUUUACCCCUUCUGGCCUGAACCUAUGGCCUUUGCCUGUCUUUAAAUUCAGAGGCUGUAUUGCCAUAUCUAAGUCCGUCAGUGACGGUACAGAACGCAGUCUGGGUUUUCUCUGCAUGUCGCAACAGAGCUGUAUGCAGUAUCAUACAUGACCACCAAGCUGCUGCUAGAAUGCGCACACCUGUUACUGCACAGGGCAGACCCCAAAAAAGGAGGCUGCCAGGUUUUCAUCUAGGGCAAGCUGAUAGCCAUUGAUAACUGUUUGUCUAAUACUCUUUUAAAGCCAUCCAAGUUGGUGGCCAUCACUGCCUCUUGUAGGAGAAAUUUCCGUAGGUUAUUUUUAUUUUUAUUAAGGAUUUUCCAUAGUUAACCAUGUGUUGUGUGAAGAGGUGCACUUCUUUUCCCAUUCCUUGAAUCUUCCAAAAUUCAGCUUCAUUGAAUGUUCAUUCAUUCGUUCAUUAAAAUUUAUAUACCGCCCUAUACCUGGGGGUCUCAGUUCACAGAAUAAAAGCAAGAUAUAAAAGCACAACAUGCCUAAAAGAAAUAAAAACAGCAACUCAAUCCCCCCCCCACCAAAGAAAGAAACAUGUUAAAAGGGCAUAGGAUGUAAAUCGGAUCAACCAAAGGCCUGAUUAAAGAGGAACGUUUUUGCCUGGCACCUAAAGGUGUAUAAUGAAGGCACCCAGGUGAACUUCGCUGGGGAGAGCAUUCCACAGACUGUGAUAGAUGUGCCUGCUCUUGUUGCACCGUGAAGUCAAGAACUACGUACUUAAUACCCAUUCCAGCAUCUGAUUAUGGACUUCUCUCUGCCACUGCCUCCCCCUCAGCUGUAGGGCAGCUGUAAGUGCCCCCCCCCCCCCGUGGUGUUUCACCCAGUGUGCCCCCCCAGCUACACCUCUGACCCAUUCAAAAAUCCUACAAAUAGCAUCCCUGAAGUUGCAGGCUUAUAGGGAAUGCGGCUUGUAACUGGGGAAAAAUCAAUAGCUUUUGCUUAUCUUAUCUUUUCAUCUUAUCUUUUCACCUCCCUUCUUCCUGCACAGGUGACUGAAAGAGAAGUUUUAGCAGGUGACUUGGCAACAGGUGCGCAGCACCUAAUCGAGCUUGCACUUCCUCAUUUGCAAAGCAGUUUCCUUGAUAGCAGAGCUAAGUUGCCGCAAAGAAGUAAAGUCCACCAGUAAUUACGGAUUACACAUUAACAUGUCGUAAUCUGGAGCUCGAUGAUCUCUGCCUGCCUGUGUGUGGAGUGCUCUUUCUCUCUUAUUAAAUGCCAUGGCACAAAUGGAUCUGUUUAACUUUAGGAGAAGCAGCUGCUUUGCUGGUUUUAUGCACCUGAUGAUGUAGGCUGUUGAAUAGAAAGGUUUGUGCCACAGCUAGCAUGUUGCUUACUCAGAGGUGCCAGAUCACUUAUUCCUCCUCACAUAUUGUAAGCAUUCCAUCCCCUCAAUACAGCAGCCUAUUUCUCUUCUUCCAAAACACAAACAAUAUUGGCUUGCUUCUCUGUCAGCAGUUUAACACUUUUUCUUAAUAGAGCUCCCCGCUGGGUUAUUGCAGAAGUGCAGCAAGGAAUGUGGCGCUCUGCCCUGUUUAUCCUUUACAAACCACCUGCUUUUUUGGAGAAAAUACGCAGCAGUUGAGGGGAUAUGGCAAUCUCAUUUAGUGCUGUUUCUGUUCUUUUGAGGGGUGGGUAUUGUUUUUAUUGUUAAACUUGGUGGUGCUUUUCUUCAGUUGAGUGUGCAGGUCACCUCGGGGUGUCUUGCAUCGGACGGCAAGCGUAUGAUCAUAAAUUUGGGGGAGAGCGUUGGCCGCUGCCCUAAUCUAGAGAACAGCUCUAGUGCAGUGCAAGGAAUCACGCUAGAUUCCUUUGCCCCCCCGUUUCUGUUGCGCAACAGACCACGUGCCCUGUUUAACUUUGGCCGCAGGGAAGAAGUACAGUGGUACCUCGGGUUACAUACGCUUCAGGUUACAGACUCUGCUAAUCCAGAAAUAGUACCUCGGGUUAAGAACUUUGCUUCAGGAUAAGAACAGAAAGCUGUGCGGCGGCAGCAGGAGGCCCCAUUAGCUAAAGUGGUGCUUCAGGUUAAGAACAGUUUCAGGUUAAGAACAGACCUCCAGAACAAAUUAAGUACCUAACCCGAGGUACCACUGUACUAAAUGGUGGCAUCAUAAAUGAAUUGGAGCAUUUGACUCACAAGGGGUUUUUUGGGGGAUGGGAGCGUGCACCUGGUUCCUGUCUGAUUAGCAUUUUGCAUCCAACUGAUAGCCUAAGUAGGUGUGUAGCCUCUCAGCAAAAAUUAUGCAUGACUGCAGAGUGAGGGGGAGGAAGGUGUUGUCCCAGAACUGAUGCAAGGAAAAUCCAUCUUACCCAGGAAUGUUCUCCCUGAUGUGGGGCAAGGACAUGCAGAUCCUACAACGCCUGCGUUCUGUUUUGUAUUCAUUCUUCUGGCUUGUAUUCCUUGCUCCUAAUAGCUCGCUGCUUAUAUAUAUAUAUAUAUAUAUAUAUAUAUAUAUAUAUAUAUGUCUCUCCCGGCACAAAACCCAGUCAGUCAGGUUAUGCAAUUGACAUGCAUGCUCUUAAAAUGUAAAUAACUCCUGCUAUGGUGUGCAGGGAGGUGUUUGACACCGUUCCUACACACACACACACACACACACACACACACACACCGUGGUCCCAGAUUUGAAGCAUCUGCCCUCCCGAAAAAGCAGCAGCUGCUGGAGGAGAGGGUGGUUAUUUACAACGGUGCUGUGGAAUGAAAGGAUGGAGCCCAGUUGCUUUUGUCCUGAUCUUCCACAAGUCGCUUUUUAAAAGUGGAUGAUUAAUUUAUUAAUAAAUUGCUUAUAUACCCCUGGUUUUUCCCCGAGGAGAUUGAGCUGAUAUGCAUCAUUCUUCUCUUCCUCCUAUUACAUUCUCACAAGAACCCUGUGAGGUAGGUUAGGCUGAGAGGUUGCGUUUGCGGAACGGUGGGUCGUAUUUGGUUUGCCUCCCAGUCUGUAGAACAAGCAUGGCCAAACUUGGCCCUCCAGCUGUUUGGGGACUACAAUUCCCAUCAUCCCUGACCCCUGGUCCUGUUAGCUAGGGAUGAUGGGAGUUGUAGUCCCAAAACAGCUGGAGGGCCAAGUUUGGCCAUGCCUGCUAUAGGAGGAAGAAUUGGCAAAGCUUUGCAACUGCUGAAACGUCAUAACUUCCAGUCGCUUCUUGAAUGGAUAGAGAAAACUGAAUUGUUUUCCUUUUCUCCCUCCCCACAGGGGCCAUGAGUUUUUAGUCGACUUGAAUGGUUUGGCACUCUAUGACACGACUGAAUUUGACCAGCUGAGGAGGCUGUCUACGCCUGUGUGUACAGGUUCCAACUCCAACUACUACACCAUCUGGAAGUAUUUCUGCAGGGAUCAUUUUGGCUGGAGAGAAUAUUCAGAGGUAUUUCACCACCACCAUCGCCCUUAAAUUUCAGGAAUAAUGUUGGGGGAUAUGGGAAGCCUUGGUUCAUGAUGCCCCCCGCUGCAUGGUCUUUGUUAUAAAUCACCAUUAACUAGCCUAACCUGCUUUGCAAGAUGCUCAAGGAUAAAUGAAAAGGCUGUGCGUAAACUGGUAGCCUUUUCUGUAUCCAGAAAAAUAGCUACGCGUGCAAAGUUUUGCAAGCUCACUGGGACUUCCCAAAUCUACUUUGCCCCCCAAAUUGCUCUUGGGUUUCUCCAGACUUUCCGGGGCAGAUUUUGCAGCAGGGCACAGGUGGGUGAGGAAGAGGAGAGGAAGUAUCCAUUGACCAGUUCAGGGCUAGUCAAUGUUAUGCACUCCAGAUGUGGCUGGACUCUCAAGUCGCCCCAGCUCCAACCAGUAUAGCCAAUGGUCAGGGAUGAUGGGAGUUGCAAUCUAGCAACAGUCAGAUCUUGGGGAGUGCUGGGUUGGCAGGAAAACUCUUGACAUGUUUGCAGAAACAAGACCUUGCGCAACUGCUCACUGAUUGGCCCUUCAAGGAGCACCCAAGUGAUGCUUAACACCGUUAACUUUCACGAGAGAGGUUUAAAUAUGCCUGCGUCCUCUCCUUCUGGAAGCUGAAGACUGCAAAGGCCAUUCAAUUUAAUCAGCUUCUGCUCAGUUGUUCCAACUUUCAUUUCAGUGUGACGGAAAGGUGGAGGGGGGGUGGUUGUGAACCAUAAUCCUUCAGGAUAAUGCAUAUAGCGGUGCUUAGCACUAUCUUUAAUGACAGCAGAACUGGAAAACCCUGCCAUAAAAAAACCAAAAAACAGUGGGGGAAACCAAAGUUUAUUUGCACCGGUGGUGUGGAUUAUUAAAUAUUUACUUAGGUUUGUUUGUUUGUUUUUUUAAAAAGCCCGUUGUGCGAUUGAUAGAAGAAGCCAACUACCGAGGGCUGGCAGAGGUCCGGUUUGUUACGUGGCACAACCGUUACGUCCUGAACAUUAAAGAUGGCUUCCAGCAGAAUUCGUGCAUUCGAAGAGAAAUCAAGAGGAGACCUUUCUUCCGCUCCUGUGUGAUCCUCAUGCCAUACUUGCAGUAAGUGAUGGGACUCCCUUUUGGCAGCGACCGUUGUUGUGGGGCAAAUGGACAUGGGUGAACCCCCUACAACCCCUUUCCUAACGCUGGAGUGCCCAUGUUUCUUUACUGAGAUGUCUUGACUUACCCAAAUGUUAAUGAAUGGAGACCUUCUGAUUUUUUUCAGAGGGCUUAACUGCAUAGGAUCAUGCUUUAGGUGCACCUAACCCCAUCUAUUACAGCUCCCUCUGACUUCGUAGAUGUCCUUGCAAUCAGUUGUUCUGGAUUCCGUUAAGGGAAUGCUGAACACCUGCAUUUCAGUUGCACUACUAUUUAUCCAACUUCUGUGUAUGACCUCUGUGCUUACCAUACUCUCUUCUAGGUCCCCUAGCUGUAUUAAGGGAAUUUCUGUUCUGAUAUUCCUUGCGUUACUUCCCCAGCACUGUAUAGAAGAUGGUCAAUAAGGGGAGCAGCUCUGGAAAUUUUGCAUUAGUGGGCAAUAACAGAACCAAUCACUAUGACAGUUCAUCAGGCCUUUUAGGAUUGGAUAAUAAUUCCCAGGAGCUGGUGCCUGACCCUGGGGAGGCUCCUGUCCUUUUUGAAAUCUGCUUGUUGAUGCUCUGUUGGUCAGAGGAAUGGUAUUGGGUGGGGUUUUGCCUUCACCCCACAUUAUAGAGGCUUAGGAGCCCUGUUGGUGGUGGGCUGGGCUACCUGGCUAGCUCCCUAAGAGGCGAACCUCCUUUAGUAUGGGUAGUUGCCGCUUCAAAAUUAGUUAAUGGAGGAGCAGCUAUGACAGUCUGUUCAUAGGAAUCACAAGGUCUUAUAGCACCUUUAAGGACCAGCUGUUAUUGCAGCUUUUGGGAAUAUAACCCUUCAUCAUAUGCAUCCCUUGGGUUCUGCUCCACAAGACUUUUAGGUCAAAAGACUUGCGUGUGGUUUGAAACUACCAGAAAUUCAGCAGGAAUAAAACUGAUCUAGGGUGCUUCCUGCAACUGGAAGUAGAAUGGCAACUUUGAUUCCAGGCUUCUAACUAGCCAAGUGGGCAUUGCCCCUUCCCCAAAUGUUGGAAGGGGAGGUAGUUUCUCCACCCCCCCUUUCUUUCAUUGGGCCAUUAUGCGUUUGGGGGAGAAUUAAAUACUCCCUUUCCCCUCACUGUACUUCUGGUUGUCCUCUACAGUUUGAGGGAAACAGAACGGAAGGAAAUGCUGUAAAGGCGCAAUGCCAUUUGGAAAUUGAAAAAAUUAGUAGUGAACAGAGUUGCUUCCUAGAGAGGAGAGACAGACCAUAGAGAGGAAAGCGGCUAGAGCAAUCUGAUUGGUCAGAACAUCGGCACAGUGGGCCUUUUACACAUGGGGAAACUGUGCGGAAAUUCCAUUGAGCUUAUAUAUAUAUAAUCUGUGGUUUUUUUCCUGAACUCUGUGAAGAAGAAAAGGAAAGGGAAACCGGGGGGGGGGGGGGAGGAGACACACCUUGUUCACAACUCUGUACAAAGAGAGUGGAAAACAUGCCUCUUUCCAUUAAGUGCCUAGUGCAGUAGCAGCCUUAAUGAAGUCCAUUGCUGCCAACUGUACCCUGGCUUUGAACACCUAGUGUUCGGGUUUUAAAUACACGGAAGUGUGUUCCGUGGUCUGUGCUCGUGGGACCUUCGUGCUGGCAGCUUAAUGUUCCGGGAACUGUGUCUCCUUCAGGUGACACUCUCCAUCAUAGGAGGGGUAGGAUUCCUCACCCGGGACUGGCUUGAGCAGAUGCAGGAAUGAUCACUAGGACAGGUCAUACGCAUCAAAAACAUGCUGUGUUUCUGCAGCCCAGUGAAAAAUUCCACGAUAACUCUGUGUCCGUGGAUCCCAGUAAUAUUAUCAUACGAGCUGCUGCUAUUCCAAUGGUCCUUUUGCCCCUAGCUUUCUAAAUUAAAAACUUAGGCUUGAAGGUAUAAUGGUAUAUCAUGCGAUUGUUCCCAAGUAUGACCCGCAACCUAGAUAACUAUGAUGUUCCUCCUCCAGUCCCAAGAGGCAGUGUGCUUCUGAAUAUCCAUCGGCUGGAAACUACAGGAGGGGAGAGUGCUGUUGCACUCAUUUAUUUAAUUUUAUUCGUUGAAUUUAUAUCUUGCCCUAUAUCUGCAAGUCUCCCGUGGGCACCUGGUUGGCCACUGUGAGAACAGCAUGCUGGACUAGAUGGGUCAUUGGGUCGAUCCAGGAGGGUGGUUCUUAUAGUGAACAGUUGCCCUGCUCCAAACAAAAGAAAUCUUGUUUCCAAAUACUUCUAAAAGUACAUAUUCAUAUUACUAUUUUGUUGUUGUUGUUGUUGUGUUGAUCCAAUAUCCCAAUUUCUCUCCACCCUAGGACUCUUGGUGGCAGCCCCACAGUACCCGUGGUGCCGACAACUGACUCGCAAGUCUUAUCCCCGACUGCCGUUACCUCUCCAAACUUCUACCCUGAAACGUGGGUCAGCAUGGAUCCAGCUCAGGACUUUGUCCAAGUGCCUGUGUCAAAGGAAGACAAAAGCUACAGAACCAUUUACAAUCUCUUUCAUAAGACUGUGCCAGAGACCAAAUACAAAAUUUUGAAAAUACUGCGAGUUCAGAACCAGUUUUUGUGGGAGAAGUAUAAGAGGUGAGCCAACACGUAUAAUAACAGUUCUCCUCCGCCUUAUUAAUUGGGGAAAACCUCACCGCUUUCGUUGGGGGAGGAUUGUUGAGUUGGACGUCAUCUGGUCCAACCAGCUGCAUAUUGCAGGAAAUCCAGUACUGCAACGUCCCUGUAAAAUGAAUUUGCCCAGUUGUGAAGUGCAGUUUUAUUGUUAAUACAAAGUGUAGGGGGGUCUGCAGAUCCAGUUUGUUAAAAAUGAGUAGCUGUUUUAGCAAGUUGUGUACACAAUCGAAAACACUCGAGUUGUGGGAGCAUGUUUGAUUCUGGCUCUUCAUUGUUAGGAAUUCUAGCAAAAGCCCAGAAAUUCCUCUGAAGCACCCAGAGAGCUGUCACUUCCUGUUCUACCAUUUUGGGGUUGGUUGGUGGUUUUUGUUUUGUUUUUUUUAGAAAGGAGAAGUCCUUUUGUUGAACCUGGCAGCUCAGGACUUUGAGGAGUAAUUCUUCCUUUUGGAGAGCUCUUAAAAGUGAUCAGUUUGAAUUGAAGUUUGCUGGCCUCUUUCUAAAUUUGCUAAACCGGGGACACAUUUUGCUGCAAGGGAGACUAAGGCAAAACUAUGUGGGGUGGGGAGGCGGCCCAUCUUCCAGUCUAGGUGGAGUGUUUUACCUGUGCAUCAGAAAACCAACUAAGUUUGUUAUUGGUAUGAGCUUUCGUGUGCAUGCACACUUCUUCAGAUACACUGAAACAGAAGUCACCAGAUCCUUAUAUAUAGUGAGAGGGUGUGGAGGGGUAUUACUCAGAAGGGUGGUGGGAAUGGGUGAUUGGCUGAUAGGUGUGGUAAACCUGUUGACAGCUGUUAACAGUGACUUCUGUUUUCCCGCUUCCAGGAAAAAGGAGUACAUGUGUAAAAAGAUGACAGGACUGGACCGGAUUAUGAACGAAAGACAUUUGUUCCACGGCACCUCGCAGGAUGUGGUCGACGGAAUCUGCAAGCAUAAUUUUGACCCCCGGGUCUGUGGGAAGCAUGCCACCAUGUUUGGGCAAGGCAGCUACUUUGCCCGCAAAGCCAGCUACUCGCACAACUUCUCCAAGCGCUCUCCCAAAGGGAUCCACUAUAUGUUCCUGGCUAAAGUCCUGACGGGGAGGUACACUGUCGGCAACCACACCAUGCGAAGACCUCCGCCCGUCAACCCCAACAGCAUCACCAGCGACCUCUACGACUCCUGCGUGGACAACUACUUCGAGCCUCAGAUCUUCGUCAUUUUCAACGAUGACCAGAGCUAUCCCUAUUUCGUAAUCCAAUAUGAAGAAGUUAGUAAUGUCGUUGUGAUCUGAGAACAGAAUCCGGGGGGGGGGGGCGGAGUGUGUGGAAAAAAGAGAGAAUUGCUUCAUGUUGAUUUGUUGUUGUUGUAACAACCUUUUUUUAACCUGAUAUUUGUAGAAUUGGAUCCCUUUUGCUGCGGAAGGGGGAAAAGAAACGAUUGCGGAACUCUGAAUAAAGAUGCUAAGGGGCUAGGGAGGGCGGGGGCAGAAAAAAAAGACAUUUUUAAAACUCCUGAAAAAGACCAAUUGUGCACUUGCUAUAUUCUGUGCAAACUGUAAAUAUUUUUCCAUUGUUUAUAGUCGAGGGGAGAAAAGAAAAACCUGUGCCUUUUGUUAUAAACACUAUUUAUGUUAGUAAACUUAAUGUUUUGAAAAAAGAA